AAUGGCAAAUUUAUGAAUCACUGGGCAACGUGACCUUGGGCACACACAUUCCAGAAAUAUUACGUGUUUUUCGAUUCCUAAUACAAUAUGGCAACUUGGGAUGAGGUGCGAGAACUAGCUAAUAAACUCAAAGAAACACAAAAUCAACCUAAUAUCUGUAAACUAUCUGAUAGAACAUGGGUCGAUAUUAUACGACACUUAAUGUCUGUGAAUAGAUUAAAACUGAUUUUCUCAACUGAUGGGCGGUCAUAUUUGACUCGAGACGAGCUUGAUAAGGAAAUCCGAGAUGAAGUUGAAGCACACUCUGGUAGAAUUACACUUACAGAACUAGCAUCAAAUCUUGAUGUGGAUUUCGAUAUCAUUGAAUCGAGAGUCACUGAAUUGAUAAACUUAGAUGCGCAAAACAAGACACCUUGUCGUUUGAUCAGUAUACCUAGUGAAGUUGUCAACAGUUCAUAUGUUCGACGUGUAGCUCAUGAAAUACUUGAUCGACUAGAAGAACAUGGCCAAACUAGUAUUGGUGAACUAACUAUCAUCUUUAAUCUGCCUACAACAUUUAUAUCAAGUAUCAUGCAAGAGUAUCAAAGUACUUUAUUUCAUGUACAUAAAUAUGGCGAGAAGUACUUUACAGAUACUUUUCUUAAUGCUACUAAGGCGAAAAUCCGAGGUUAUUUUACAGGUGUUAUCCGUCCCGUUAAUUUAAGUUCAGUUGCUUCAAAACUUCAAAUUCCUGAAAAUUUAAUUAAUAGUAUUGUCUCUAGUCUUAUCAGUACCGGUCGAUUGUAUGGUAAUCUAAUUGCUGGUCGUAGCGGCUUUGUUCCGAAAUGUUAUACUUAUGCUGAGGAUACAUACAUCAAUUCAUUUUACUCUCAAAAUGGAUAUGUUGAGUGGAACUAUUUAAAACGACUGAAUAUUCCUGAUCCAAGUUCAUAUUUAAAAACUAAAUUUCCCAAUGCUAUACAUCUACCAGGUCUUACGGUCAAUCCAUUAAUAGUCGAUCAGUUAAAAUCCCUUAUUUCAGGGGUAGUCCGAGAUGUAUCUUGGAUAGACCUAUCCCAUUAUAUUCCAAAUGGAUUAGAUUCAAAUGAAAGAUCGGCACUAGUUAACCCUUUAUUAAAAGAUGCUCCAGUGAAAUUACUUGAAACAUAUUUAAUUGCUGACAAAUUCAUUGAAAGGUGCGAAGCUUUUAUUGACACGUAUUUAAAGAAAAAAGCUCAGACAGCCUUCCACCACGAACAUCAUGCAAUCCUGUCAAGUCCAACUCAACAACAAUCCGUAGAAGUUAAUACACCUAAACAAGCAGUUACAUUGUCCAAAGGUGGAUUUGGUUUUGGUGCACGUGAAAUUAAGACCAAAAACGUUAAGAAAAAGUAUAAUCCAAGUAAACGUAAGACGAGUAGUUCACCAGCCGCUAAUGAUCCAGAAAAUAACUUUUCUAGUGGCAUUGGUGAUUCCCAGUCACUAAUUAAAGAUCUUUUUGCUCGUUAUGUUCUCAUGGACGACGUUAGAAGUAUUUUGUCUUCACAGUUACCAAGUGAUGUGCCCAGUGAAGUGAUUGAUCAGGUCGCUGAUAUGUUGGAACUUACUUUACAGCAAUCAUUUAUAAGACAUAUUGGUUCACUGAUUUCACCGAAUGCAGGUGCUAAUUUCGAUCGUCAGAAAAAGUUGCAAACACAGGAAGUGGUUAAUAGUAUGGUUCUCAGUUUACAGUUGUUAGAGAGAGGGAUCUCUUCAAUAAAUCAUGAUACCCUAAGAAACCAAUUAUUAAUUCAUCUUCUGAAAAAUUAUGGUAUGCCUAUUGUUCGGCAGCUAUGUGAUCAUAUUUCGUAUGAAUUCGGAAUUCCAUGGCCUGAAUCUACAACUAGUAAAAAUGGUCCAUUAAAAACAAACUCAGAUUCAACACAAAAUAACAAUGUCAAAUCAAAUAUUACAGAAUCAUUAAGCAUUGAAUCGUAUCAUCGUUUGAUAGAAUUGUUAAAACAUACUAAUUUACCAGAUGCAGUUUCAAUGAGCAGUGCUAUACAGCAAGUUUUGGACAGCUUUAAAGUUGGACAAAAUAAUCUAACAUCACUUGAUACAUUUUAUACUCCAAUAAAAAAUCUAUCAGUUGACAUUCUCGGCUUGACUAUUUCCGUAUUUCAUUCACCUAAUAGUGAUAAUAAUAAACGAGAACGAGACGAACGACUUAAAGCUAAUGAAUUAGCCAUUCAAGUUGAAAUGCAACUAAAGGAAUCAGUGUGUAAUGCUAAAAUUAAUAAUGAUUUACUAAAAGUUGCAACAACUGCAACUUUGGCAGCUACCUGUUUAUUUGCUCAAAUUAUUAAUGGUUGGCCAGUGACAGCACCUGGAAAAUGUGUACCUGAGUUGAUUGAUUGGUUGUUUGAAGCAUUAAAAUCUAAAACUGAAUUGGAAAGCAACAGUAAUGCGAAAUCGAAUUCACACGUAACUGCUUUGAAAAUAUUACAGGCUUCAAAUGUUCUAGAUGAUUUGAGUAAAGUGGCUAAUUAUAUUUCGGAAAAAGUGCGUUCUGGAAAUGUUUUUGACGAAGAAUCCGAUAUACAAGCCUAUUUGAAACAUAUACUGGAUGUAGGGAUUCAGUGUAGAAGACAGUUGUAUGCAUGAAUGACAAGUAAAUCUUUCUUUUAUUUUUCUGUUAUUCCAGUUACCAGGUUAUCUUCUAUAGUGUUUGUUUACUUUAUUUAAUUAUUUGUGUAUCUUGACAUGAUUUAUAUUUCAUAUAUUCAUAUUAUUGAGACCUUGUGGGCUAUUUCUGUCGUUAUGUAAUCUUCAGCUGGCGUGUAAUUUCUUGAUUACUAAGUAGUUCUGUUACCUAUUUAUUUAACAACAUUUUAGGUCUAUUAUAGCGGGACUCGUGCCCAUGGGCUAUUGGAUGAAUGUUAAGGGUGUUUUUCAUCAAAUGUAAUUUGGUUUGUUCUCUCAGUGCUUCAGGAUAUUGCGUUUUCUUUUUUGUACGUUUAUGCUUGCUACCUCAGAGAUUGUUGUUGCACUGACUGUUUCCACCCUCAUCUGUUUCUGUGCGUGAGAUAUAAGUCAUCUGUGAAGUCCACAUUGUUUGGUUGUAUCUGUGUUGUUCAAUUUAUCAUGGGUUCUUCUCGAGAUAUGGAGUACUUCCGAUUCAAUGAAUACUCCUCAUUCAUAUUUUCCGACAUGUGCUUAUCCAAUACACCUAGGGUGGAGAGAAUACAAAGGGAUUUCAUCCGCAAAAAUCCUAUAGCUGACUAGUCUAUCAACUGUCGUUCCCAAAACCAUACUUUAGGACUUGAGCCUUUCUGGGAAAGAAGCCUUAGGUCCAGUUUAGAUGUCCUAGCUCACGCUCCCCAAGAAUCUUCCUUGCUCUUCUUGUAAUAUUGUCCUUACCCACGGUCCUCAUAUACGAGACCUUCAAGAUAAAUUACUUGCCGUCGAAUGUUGAACUUGAUAAUUUCAAGUACAUUGACCAUUGGGAAGAAAGUUAAUUAUAAAUAUAUUUCUUGUUAUAUCCGAAUGAGUCGAGAAAAAGUAUUUCUGGCGUCUCGUGACCUAAUGCAAGCCACUUCAGUUUUUUAUUUAUUCUGAAGAAGUGGCUUACACUAAGUAACGAGACGCAAGGAAUACUAUUUCCCAACUCAUUGGGAUAUAACAAAAAAUAUAUUGUUUGCUGUCAUAGUU